AUGGGUAUUAUUUUUUCUAAAAAAAAUAACGCCAUUGAAGACUUCUUAGGUUUGGAAACCAAGAUUUCCAAUUUAGAAUCCAAAAUUAAAAACAAAGAGGAAAUUCAUUAUAGAAUAACUCUUUCAGAUGACACAUUGUUUGUAAAAACAUUAUGCUAUUUAUUUUCAGCAGUUAUCCCAUUCAUAAUUUAUAUAUUAUGGGUAUCAUUUAAAUUCAUUUUUGGAACAGUAACAGAAGACUACCAAAAUGAAUUAAAAGAAUUAAAUAUUUGUAUGGAGAUCUUAUUAGAAGAUAAAAACCUCCAAGCUGAAUUAAAUAGUAAAAAAAAUUUACAAAUAUUUGAAAGAGUUUUAAAAAAGAGUAGGGCUCAACAACAACAACAAGAGGAACUUCAACAACAACAACCAGAGGAAGUUCAACAAGAGAAACCAAAAAUACCCCAAAUUUUAAUUCAAUGGGCUUCAAAAGAAAUUGAACCAAAAGAAAAUAAUUCUAUCUUGGGGGAAUUAAAAGCCAUUAAUAUUCAUUUGUCUAAUUUCGUCGUUUUGAGAAGUUUAGAAACCAAUCAACUUGACCUCUUUUUAGCAAAUAUUAUAAAUUGUGCCAUUCAUUUUGAAAAUGUAUCAGAUGAUGUCAAAACUAUUAGUAGUCUAAUAGUUUCAAAAGUAAUUGCUCAAGCACAUUUUGAUUCAAAUAUUUCACAAGAUCAUAUAUAUAUGAUCGAAUCAUAUAUUUUAGAGCUAUACAAGAUCAUCAAUAAAUACACAAAGUAUAGAUAUCAUCAAAUAGAAGGUGUAAUUUGUGUAUUUAAACAUUUCGCAAAAUCCCUCCAAAAUAAUCAAUUUAAUAUUAUAAUCAAAGAUAUGUUUUUAAUCCACUUGGUUUGGAGUUCUGCUUUAAAUUUAUUUGAAGAUUUAGAAUAUCUCGAACUUAAACAAGAAUUCCGUCAAUUGUAUAACGAUACCUAUUGUAUUGUUAGCAAUUAUUUCAUUUUUACCAGCGAUACCAUCCGUUCAGAAAACCUAUUAAGAUUCAAUAACAGUAUCAAUAAUUUCUGGGAUUCAAACAAUAGAAAUUUGACAUCCCUAAUAGAUAUUAAAUACUAUUGUAAGGUCUGCCCAUACGAAUUUAACUCUAAGACUAGCCUUUUAUCAAAGAUACCAGAAAUCAUUUGUCCUCAAUCUUCCUUUGUAAAUCAAUCUGAAGCUCCAUAUUCUAGCAUCUUUAAGCAGCUUAUCAAUCUAAAUUUUCAAUCUAAUCAACUUUUUGAUGAAUAUCAAAUUUGUUCUGGCCAAACAAAUAUGGUAGAUAGUCAAUUAGUUCUAGAUGAAAAGAUUUAG